GCACGUCACUGCGCCCUAGGGCUGGGGCAGAGAGACGAGUUUGGGAGUGAACCUGUUAUCUCGAUCCAUUGCAGUGGAAGUUGCAGCCAGAAACGAAGGGGUGGGUGGCACGUAAACCUGCUCCUGACCAAGUCUCAGGAAUUUUUGUUUUAAACCUUGUGAAAGUCCACAAGUAAGCUUACGGAUACAACCAGUCAAUUAUGCAAUUGCAGAAACCUUUGUUAUUGCAAUGGAGUGCAGAUACGUGCUAAAGUGAAGAGGCCCCUUUGACAGUUGGUGAAAAACAACCUUUAAUGUCAGCUGUCCUCCACCCGUCCGAAGGAUUGGGCUUGUCCAAUCCCUUCCCUCUUCUCUCAGGACCGAUGGAGGCCGAGUGACAUGCCGUGAUGGCCCUGAUGAUCCCUCCAGUGAAGCUGAAAUGGCUGGAGCACCUGAACGCCUCGUGGAUCACAGAAGACAGCGAGUCCAUCGCCACACGAGAAGGCGUGUCAGUGCUUUAUUCAAAGCUGCUCACCAACAAGGAGGCUGUCCUCUUACCGCAGCAGGUGCUGUGUCUGAAGGGACCCCAGCUGCCAGACUUUGAGCGGGAGUCCCUGUCCAGCGAUGAGCAGGAGCACUACCUGGACGCCCUGCUCAGCAGCCAGCUGGCCCUGGCCAAGAUGGUGUGCUCGGACUCACCCUUCGCCGGAGCCCUCCGCAAGCGCCUGCUGGUCCUCCAGAGGAUCUUCUACGCCUUGUCCAACAAGUACCACGACAAGGGCAAGGUCAAGCAGCAGCAGCACUCGCCGGAGAACAGCUCCGGCUCCGCAGACUCACACUCUGUCAGCGAGCGGCCGCGCUCCAGCACCGAUGCCCUGAUCGAGAUGGGUGUGCGCACCGGCCUGAGCCUGCUGUUCGCCCUGCUCCGUCAGAGCUGGGUGAUGCCGCCGCCCGGGCCCGGCGGGCCCAACCUCUGCAACGAUGUGAUCCACACGGCCAUCGACGUGGUCUCCUCGCUGCCGCCGCUCUCCCUGGCCAACGAGAGCAAGAUCCCCCCCAUGGGCCUGGACUGUCUGGCCCAGGUCACCACAUUCCUGAAGGGGGUGACCAUGCCGAACACCGGGGCGGACGUGCUGGGUCGGCGGCUGGCGUCGGAGCUGCUACUGGGCCUGGCUGCCCAGAGGGGCUCCCUGAGGUACUUGCUGGAGUGGAUAGAGAUGGCCCUGGCGGCGUCGGCCGUGGUCACCGCCAUGGACGAAGGGGAGAAGGGCAAGAUGGCGGCGCUGAGCCAGGAAGGUCUGAUGGGAUACGACUGCUUCAUGAACAUCCUCAUGCAGAUGCGUCGCUCGUUGGGCUCGUCCGCAGACCGAAGUCAGUGGAGAGAACCGACGCGCACAUCAGAUGGGCUGUGCUCUUUGUACGAAGCAGCUCUCUGUCUGUUGGAAGAGGUGUGCCGGAUGGCGUCCGACUACUCCCGCACCUGUGCCAGCCCAGACAGCGUCCAGACAGGCGAGGUCCCUGCUGUGUCGGAGACCUGCGAGGUGUACGUGUGGGGCAGUAACAGCAGCCACCAGCUGGUGGAGGGAACCCAGGAGAAGAUCCUCCAGCCGAAACUGGCCCCCAGCUUCGCCGACGCACAGACGAUUGAGGCGGGCCAGUACUGCACCUUUGUCAUCUCUUCUGACGGCUCGGUCCGGGCCUGUGGUAAAGGCAGCUACGGGCGACUGGGUCUGGGAGACUCCAACAAUCAGUCUACUCUCAAGAAGCUGACCUUUGAACCCCACCGUGCCAUCAAGAAGGUUUCGUCGUCGAAGGGCUCGGACGGCCACACACUCGCCUUCACCACGGAGGGGGAAGUGUUCAGCUGGGGAGACGGGGACUACGGCAAGCUGGGACACGGGAACAGCUCCACACAGAAGUAUCCCAAACUGAUCCAGGGACCGCUGCAGGGAAAGGCGGUAGUGUGUGUGUCUGCGGGCUACAGGCACAGUGCCGCGGUCAGCGAGGACGGAGAGCUGUACACGUGGGGCGAAGGGGACUUCGGGCGACUAGGUCACGGCGACAGCAACAGCCGAAACAUCCCCACUCUGGUGAAGGACAUCAGCAACGUGGGGGAUGUGUCCUGCGGGAGUUCCCACACCAUCGCUCUGUCCAAGGACGGACGCACGGUCUGGUCCUUCGGAGGAGGGGACAACGGCAAACUAGGACACGGAGACACGAACCGUGUGUACAAACCCAAAGUAGUGGAGUCCCUGCAGGGGAUGUUCAUACGGAAAGUGUGUGCAGGAAGCCAGUCAUCGCUGGCCCUGACCUCUACUGGACAGGUGUAUGCGUGGGGCUGUGGGGCGUGUCUGGGUUGUGGCUCCUCUGAAGCCACGGCUCUGAGGCCCAAGCUGACCGAGGAGUUGGCCACGACCAGAGUAGUGGACAUCUCUAUUGGAGACAGCCACUGUCUCGCUCUCUCACACGACAACGAGGUGUACGCCUGGGGCAAUAACUCCAUGGGCCAGUGUGGUCAGGGGAACUCCACUGGGCCAAUCACAAAGCCCAAGAAGGUGGUUGGUCUGGAUGGGGUGGCCAUCCAGCAGGUCUCCGCUGGCACCUCCCACAGCCUGGCGUGGACCGCGUUGCCCAGAGACAGACAAGUGGUGGCGUGGCAUCGGCCCUACUGUGUGGACCUGGAGGAGAGCACCUUCUCCCAUCUGCGCUCCUUCCUGGAGCACUACUGUGACGGCAUCAACAGCGAGGUGCCCCCCCUCCCCUUCCCUUCGUCUCGGGAGCAUCACAACUUUCUGAAGCUCUGCCUUCGACUGCUGUCCAAUCACCUGGCUUUGGCCCUGGCUGGGGGCGUGGCCACUAGUAUCCUAGGGAGACAGGCCCGCCCCCUGCGGAACCUUCUGUUCAGACUGAUGGACUCGUCUGUCCCGGAUGAGAUCCAAGAGGCUGUGAUGGAGACCCUGUCAGUAGGGGCCACCAUGUUAUUGCCACCUCUGAGAGAGAGAAUGGAGCUGCUUCACUCCUUGUUACCACAGGGACCCGACAGAUGGGAAAAUCUGUCUAAAGGCCAGAGAAUGCAGCUGGACAUCAUCCUGACCUCUCUCCAAGACCACACCCACGUAGCUUCCCUCCUGGGUUACAGCUGUCCGCCAGACUCCACGGAGACCCUGGCUUCCUCCAACGUGGGGUUCGGCCUUCCCCUGGACCCACCCUACGGAGCUCCUGGCACCAACCCUGACACUCACCUGGCCGAGAUCCUCAUGAAGACCCUGCUCAGGAACCUGGGUUUCUACACGGACCAAGCAUUUGGGGAGCUGGAGAAGAACAGCGAUAAGGUUCUCCAGGGGACAUCAUCAUCGGACAGCAGUCAGCCUGCACAUCUUCACGAGUUACUCUGCUCUCUACAGAAGCAGCUUCUGGCUUACUGUCACAUCAACUGUGUCACUGAGAACUCCAGCAGCGUGUCUCUUCUACACAAGCACCUUCAGCUGUUGCUGCCCCAUGCCACCGACAUCUUCUCUCGCUCUGCCAUCCUGCUCCGGGAGAGCUCCUGGAACGGCAGCGUCCGAGAGAAACUCCGAGAUGUGAUCUAUGUGUCAGCGGCUGGCAGUAUGCUGUGUCAGAUUGUCAACAGUCUUCUCCUGCUGCCGGUGUCUGUAGCCAGACCCCUUUUGAGCUUCCUGUUAGAUCUACUUCCUCCCCUCGACCGCCUUAACAGGCUACUUCCUGCUGCCACGCCCCUGGAAGACCAGGAGCUCCAGUGGCCUCUACACGGAGCCCCAGACUUCGUGGACCCGGCGGGGCAGCCCCUGGCCCAGCCUGCCCAGUCCUGGGUGUGGCUGGUGGACCUGGAGCGCACCGCCGCCCUGUUGGUGGGCCGCUGCCUGGGGGGCAUGCUGCAGGGAGCCCCCGCCUCCCUGGAGGAGCGGGACACGGCAUAUUGGCUCAAAACCCCCCUGUUCAGCAAUGGACUGGAAAUGGACCUCCCACAACUAGAUAACUGCAUCAGCUCGUUGUUGGAAGUGGCCCUCUCAGGCAACGAGGAGCAGAAGCCAUUCGACUGCCCUCUGAGACCUGACAUGAGCACCCUGGUGGACUUGGCCCUGGGCUCCACUAAAGAGCCCACCAAUAGCCUCUGGGUCAACAUGCAGGACUACGCAACCAGCAAAGAUUGGGACAAUGCCUCUCUGAGUAAUGAGACCUUAUUGGACACAGUGUCCCGGUUUGUCCUGGCAGCCUUGCUAAAGCACACUGGCCUUCUGAGCCAAGCCUGUGGAGAGGGCAGGUACCAUCCUUGUAAGACGCUGGCUGAGGUGUAUCGUAGCGUUUACAAGGUCAGGAAUCGUCUACUGGCCUGUAAGAACAUGGAGCUGAUUCAGACAUGCUCGUCUUCUCGGGAGAGAAGGAUUUCAGACAAUCAAGACUCACUGGAGAUGGACCCCCAGGAGCACUCAUUCACAAGGACCAUUGAUGAGGAGGCGGAGCUAGAAGAGAGGACGGACAGAGAAAGGGAGGAAGGGCAUCAAGAGCAGGAUGAGGAAGAGGAUGAGAGGGAGCAUGAAGUCAUGACUGCUGGAAAAAUCUUUCAAUGUUUCCUCUCAGCGCGGGAGGCGGCCAGGGGCCGGGAGAGGGAGAGAGCCAGCAGCAGCGCCGGGGGAGGCCUGUCCUCGGGAGGACCCAGGGGAGGAGGUGGAGGAGGGGAAGACGAGGCCGCCGUGUCCCACGAGGAGCAGCAGCAUCUGAGGGACGGCUGCCCGGGUCUCCCCGAGGGCCAGGACCUCUACACGGCCGCGUGCAACUCUGUGGUGCACCGCUGCGCCCUGUUGGUCCUGGGUGUCAGCCCGGUCCUGGGAGACCUGGGGGGCCAGGAUGAGGGGCACAGCGCCCCCCAGUCCACCAGCCAGGGACAGCAGGACGCCGCUGGCUUCAUGACCAGGAGUGAGAGUCUGAGUGCAGAGACCCACUCGGUCCAGUCCAGCCCCAGCUACAGACUGAUGAAGUCCAGGAGCGAAUCGGAUCUCUCCCAGCCGGAGUCUGACGAGGAGGGAUACACACUGAGUGGCAGAAGAAAUGUUGAUCUGGACUUGGCUUUUUCUCAUAAGAAGAGAGGUCUCCUCCAUGGUUCUCCGGAUUCCCUGGCCGACUCGUGGUUCAGAGUGAAGCACAGUAGGGCCCGACUGUACGGCUCUCCUCUCUACCAGUCCUACGACGAAUCGGACCUGGACCUGAGUCGCUCGGCAGGAGUCCAUGCCCUCAUCGAGAACAUAGUCAGCUUCAUCAGCGGAGAUGUGGGCAACAGCCCCGCCUUCAAGGAGCCAGAGGAGGCCAUGUCGACCAGCCCACAGGGAAUCAUCCUGGCCAUGGAACAGCAGCAGAACAGAGCAGAGCUGCGCCUGGAGGCCCUGCAUCAGAUUGUGGUGCUGAUCUCCGGGAUGGAAGAGAAGGGGAGCCAGGCUGCCGGUGGAGUUGGGGGUAGCGGGACGGGGGGGCGCCCCAGUCCCAGCGCUGCCUUUCAGUCUUCCUCCUUGCUCACCUCCGUCCGGCUGCAGUUCCUGGCUGGAUGUUUUGGCCUGGGAACCGUGGGCGCUGGGGCCAUGAAGGGAGAGAGUGUCCAGCUACACCACUACCAGGACGGGGUGAAGGCAGCAAAGCGGACCCUUCAGAUGGACAUCCAGACAGCCGUCCAUAAGAUCUACCAGCAGCUUUCUGUCACCCUGGAGAGAGCCUUGCAAGCCAAUAAACACCAUAUAGAGGCCCAACAGCGCCUCCUGCUGGUCACCGUGUUUGCCCUGAGCGUUCGCUACCAGCCGGUGGACGUGUCCCUGGCCAUCUCCAGCGGUCUCCUCAAUGUGCUGUCUCAGCUGUGCGGCACUGAGACCAUGCUGGGUCAGCCCCUGCAGCUUCUACAGAAACCCGGGGUGUCCCAGCUCAGCACCGCCCUGAAGGUGGCCUCCACCCGCCUGCUCCAGAUCCUGGCCAUCAGUACCGGGACGUAUGCAGACAAGCUGGGUCCCAAGGUGGUCCAGUCCCUGCUGGACCUGCUCUGUAGCCAGCUGAAGAACCUGCUGUCUCAGGCUGGGGUCAGCCUGCUCCCUGCCUCGCCGAAGAAGGCCCAGGACCGCCUGGAAAAGGAGACGGAGGACGGAAACGACGCAGAGAAGAAAGACUUCAGAGCGUUGGUGCGUAAGCAGCACACCGCAGAGCUUCACCUGGGGGACUUCCUGGUGUUCCUGAGGCGAGUCGUCUCCUCCAAGGCCAUCCAAUCCAAGAUGGCAUCCCCAAAGUGGACAGAGGUCCUGCUCAACAUCGCUGCACAGAAGUGCUGUUCAGGGGUCCCUCUGGUGGGCAACCUGAGAACUCGUCUCCUGGCCUUGCAUGUCCUGGAGGCAGUUUUACCAGCCUGCGAAGCCAGCGUGGAGGACCACCAGAUGACACAGGUGGUGGAACGGCUCUUCUCUUUGCUGUCUGACUGUAUGUGGGAAGCUCCCAUUGCCCAGGCCAAGCACACCAUCCAGAUUAAAGAAAAGGAGCAGGAGUUAAAACUACAGGGCGAGGUGGAGGAGGAGGAUGAGAACCUGCCCAUCCAGGAAGUGUCGUUUGACCCAGAGAAGGCCCAGUGCUGUGUGGUGGAGAAUGGCCAAGGUCUUACCCACGGCAGUGGGGGCAAAGGUUACGGUCUGGCCUCCACCGGGAUCUCUUCUGGAUGCUACCAGUGGAAGUUCUACAUUGUGAAGGAGAACCGCGGCAACGAGGGGACCUGUGUGGGCGUGUCCCGAUGGCCGGUCCACGACUUCAACCACCGCACCACCUCGGACAUGUGGCUGUAUCGGGCCUACAGCGGGAACCUCUACCACAACGGGGAGCAGUCCCUCACGCUGUCCUCCUUCACCCAGGGGGACUACAUCACCUGUGUCCUGGACAUGGAGGCCCGCACCAUCUCCUUCGGCAAGAACGGAGAGGAGCCCAAGCUGGCCUUCGAGGACGUGGACGCUACGGAGCUCUACCCCUGUGUCAUGUUUUACAGCAGCAACCCUGGAGAGAAGGUAAAGAUCUGUGACAUGCAGAUGCGGGGUACCCCUCGUGACCUCCUGCCCGGUGACCCCGUGUGCAGUCCAGCGGCCACUGUCCUGGCCGAGGCGUCCACGCAACUCAUCCGCGUCCUGCACCGGGCCGACCAGUGGACCCACUGCAUCAACGGCAUCAUGUUGGAGAGGCUCCACAAGAUCAAACCCUGUUUCAGGGAAUCGUCCGGCUGCACCGCUGGGGGAGGUCAGAGGCUAAAGAAGAGUCGGUCCGUGCAGAGCAGGGAGGAGCAUGACUCCCAGAGGGACUCGCCCCGUGACCAGGAGCCCCAGAGAGGGGAGGAGGAGAGGGGGCGGCAGGGGCACGGGUCCCGCCAGGGGCACGGGGGCCUGGGAGACCUAUCUGACCACCACCUCAGAACCCUCUGCACAGAGGUGUGGCCGGUGUUGGCGGUGAUCGGCGGUGCCGACGCAGGUCUCCGUGUGGGGGGCCGGUGCAUCCACAAGCAGACCGGACGCCACGCCACGCUCCUGGGCGUGGUGAAGGAAGGGAGCACCUCCGCCAAGGUGCAGUGGGACGAGGCGGAGAUCACCAUCAGCUUCCCAACUUUCUGGUCGCCUAGUGACACUCCCUUGUACAACCUGGAGCCAUGCGAGCCUCUGCCGUUCGAUGUGGCGCGUCUCCGCGGCCUCACCGCCUCCCUCCUCCUCGACCUCACCUACCUCACCUCCAUCCACGAGGACGCGGGGAGACUCGGUGCCCGGCGCCACGAGAAGAAGCACCGAGGCGGACCGCACGAUAACGGCACGACUACCGCCAACAGCGGCGACGAUGCCAACAGCAAGCCCGGUGACUGGGAGCAGGCCAACCAACACCGGCCGACCACAGAGCCCAGAGACGGGCCGGCAAAGGGGACCGUGGUGAUGCCGACCUCUGACCUGCGAGUGUCACACAGUCUGGAAGAGGUCAAGGCCCAUGCAGCACCCAACUCCAAGUCUGAGAGUGAGAUCUCCUAUGCCUUGGACUGCCAGCACCAGGGGGGAGGAGCACUGGCAGGAGGACCGGAGACCCUAUACCCUGCUCCCCAGGCUCCGGAGGGGAACAGGAGGAAGGGGCACGAGGGGUUGUCUCACGGCGGCCGGGGCCAUGAUGGGCCCCCGUCUUUAGGGGCCACCCAGUCUGAGAUCCACGCUGUGCAGCUGUCCUACCUGUACCUGGGAGCCAUGAAGGCCCUCAGCGCCCUGCUGUCCUGCUCCAAGUACGCAGAGCUGCUACUCAUACCGAAGGUGCAGUCGGAGCCCACCCCCAGCGGGCACAACGCCGACCUGAACACAGGGCCAACGUGCGGUGGCGGAGCGGCAUCGCCGGUGUGCCAGGAGGAGGUGGAGAUGAGGGCGGCUCUCCAGUUCCUGAUGCGUCACAUGGUCAAGCGGGCCGUAAUGAGGUCGCCCAUCAAGCGGGCGUUGGGACUGGCUGACCUGGAGAGGGCUCAGGCCAUGAUCUACAAGCUGGUGGUCAGCGGACUGCUGGAUGACCAGGGUGGCGGGGGCAAGGCCAGGCCUGCUGACCAAGAGUGUGAGGAGGGUCUGGAGUCAGAGCAACAGGCCCAGACCCCUGUCACCACGAGCCCCUCGGCCUCCAGCACCACCUCCUUUAUGAGCUCCUCCCUGGAAGACACCACCACAGCUACGACUCCCGUCACCGACACAGAGACCGUCCCUGCCUCCGAGUCACCUGGGGUCAUGCCCCUCAGCCUGCUCAGACAAAUGUUCUCCAGCUACCCAACCACCACUCUGCUGCCGACGCGGCGAGCCCAGACCCCUCCGGUGUCUUCUCUCCCCACGUCUCCCUCUGACGAGGUGGGCCGAAGACAGAGCCUCACCUCCCCAGACACGCAGGGCUCCAGGCCCACUAACAGGACCGGGACAUCCAUGUCCGACCCCAGCAGCCGACUAUCCACGUCCCCCCCGCCCCCGGCCAUCGCCGUGCCCCUGCUGGAGAUGGGCUUCUCCCUGCGACAGAUCACCAAGGCUCUGGAGGCCACAGGUACAGGGACGCGUGGCGAGGCUGACGCCCAGAACAUCACAGUGCUGGCCAUGUGGAUGAUAGAACACCCCGGGACGGAGGAGGAGGAGAGCCACCCCGGAGGAGGAGGGUCCGACAGCUCCUCCUGCCCCGGGGCGACCGCCUCCGGAGGGGGUAAGAGUCUGGACCGGAGCUACCUGCACUCCCCUGGGGACAUCCCCAGUGCCGAUGCUGCGGACCUGGAGGAGGGCUUCAGUGAGAGUCCCGAGGGGCUGGACCAGGAUAGUGCCUCAGCCUCCAGCGGUCCAACACCCAGAGGACGUUCUGCCGUCAGCAGGAAACACCGCUUUGACCUGGCAGCCCGGACACUGCUGGCCCGCGCUGCCGGGCUGUACCGCUCGGUGCAGGCCCACCGGAGCCAGUCUCGCCGCGAGGGCGGCGCCCUGCCACAGGACCCGGGGACCCUGUACGACUUCAACCUGGACGAGGAGCUGGAGAUGGACCUGGACGAGGAGACCAUGGAGGCCAUGUUUGGACAGGAUCUGGCCAGCGACAGCGACAUCCUGGGCAUGUGGAUCCCGGAGGUACUGGACUGGCCAACAUGGCAUGUGUGUGAGACAGAGGAGCGGGACGAGGUGGUGGUGUGUGAGCUGUGUGAGGCCAGCGUGGCCAACUUCAACCAGCACAUGAAGAAGACCCACCCUGGGUGUGGCCGUAGCGCCAACCGACAGGGCUACCGGAGCAACGGCUCGUACGUGGACGGCUGGUUUGGGGGAGAGUGUGGUAGCGGUAACCCAUACUACCUGCUCUGCGGAAGCUGCCGGGACCGAUACCUGGCGGUAAAGAGUAAAGCCAGAGCCCCGAUGACCGAGAGGUCAGUUCCAGGCAAAAGGUACAAGGGUCAAGCUCCGGACCUUUUGGGAAAGCAGGACAGUGUCUAUGAAGAGGACUGGGACAUGCUGGAUGUGGAUGAGGACGACAAGCUGACGGGGGAAGAGGAGUUUGAGCUGCUGGUGGGUCCUUUGGGUCUGAGUGAGCGGCGCCUGGUUCCCGAGGCCGUCCAGUUCCCCGACAGUGACCCCCUUGGGGCCUCCGUAGCCAUGGUGACAGCCACCAACAGCAUGGAGGAGACCCUGCUGCAGAUAGGCUGCCAGGGCUCGGUGGAGAAGAGCUCUUCAGGCAGGGUGACUCUAGGGGAGCAGGCCGCGUCCCUGCAGAAUCCCCACGACCGCAUCACGGCCCUGAGGAGGGUCACGGCUGCAGCACAGGUCCUCCUGGCCAGGACCAUGGUCAUGAGAGCCCUGUCCCUGCUCUCUGUCAGUGGUUCUAGCUGCAGUCUGGCAGCGGGUCUGGAGUCUUUGGGCCUGACAGAUAUCAGAACCCUGGUGAGGUUGAUGUGUCUGUCAGCAGCAGGUCGGGCGGGUCUGUCCUCCAGCCCUGUCGCCGGGUCGGGGUCCUUGGAGCGCCCGCGUGGUUCCACCAAGGCCAGCAAGCCCAUGUCCUGCCUGGCCUACCUCAGCACGGCCGUGGGGUGUCUGGCCUCCAACAGCCCCAGCGCGGCCAAGCUCCUGGUCCAGCUGUGCACACAGAACCUGAUCUCAGCAGCGACGGGGAUGAACUUGACCACGGUGGAUGACCCCAUCCAGAGGAAGUUCCUCCCCAGCUUCCUGAGAGGCGUGGCUGAGGAGAACAAGCUGGUGACAUCACCCAACUUCGUGGUCACCCAGGCCUUGGUGGCCCUGCUGGCCGAUAAAGGAGCCCGGCUCGGUCCGAACUACGACAAGACCGACACGGAGAAGAGAGCAGGUCUAAUUGCGCAUUUGUAUGCCCAUCCUUCCUAUAAUCCCACUGCUGUAGGACCACUGGAGCUGGCCAAUGCGCUGGCUGCGUGCUGCCUUUCGUCCCGCCUCUCCUCGGGCCACCGCCAAUGGGCAGCUCAGCAGCUGGUCCGCACGCUGGCGGCUCACGACAGAGACAACCAGAGCCGACCGCAGACUUUUGCUGACAUGGCUGGUGACCUGCGAAAGUGCUCCUCCGUGAAACUGGAGGCCCACCAGAGCAGGGUGAUCACGUGUGGUUGGUGCAGUAAGAAAGGACUGCUGGCCACCAGUGGUAACGACGGAACGGUCCGAGUGUGGAACGUGACUAAGAACCAGUACACUCUGCAACAGACCUGCAUCUUCAACAGAGCCGAGGACUCCCCAGAUGAGGGUGGACAGUGCCUCGGUUCCCCCGGUGACCCCAGUCUGUCUCCUCUGGUCUGGAGCGUCACCGGAAGGUUCCUGGCCGCCGCCAUGGAAAAGAUGGUCAACAUCUGGCAGGUGAACGGCGGGAAAGGCCUGCUGGACGUCCAGCCCCACUGGGUGUCAGCUCUGGCCUGGCCCGAGGGGGAGGCUGUGUCCCUUUGGUGUGGGGAGCCCAAAGACGUGCUGCUCGUGGGGCGUAUGGAUGGGUCCCUGGGCCUCCUGGAGGUCCAUGAUGGCUGCACUAUGCACCGCACUGAGCUGGAGCACUGCUACAGGAAAGAUGUGGCUGUAAUGCACAUAGCCUGGUACAGUGAGGACAGGCCGUUCGCUGUGGGCUACGCGGACGGGAAGCUGCUUAUUGGAACCAGAGAGCCUCUGGAGAAAGGGGCCAUCGUAGUCAUCGAUGGCCACAAGGAGUCAAUCACCAGUAUGAAGUGGAGUCCUAGUGGUCAGAUAUUACUGACCUGUGCCAAAGAGGAUCUGGUGAAGCUUUGGUCCAGCCCGGGGUCGAGGUCCAGCCCCGGCGCCGGAUGGAGGUGUCUGCUGAGCAUCGCCCACCCUGCCCAGGUCAACGGGGUGGCCUGGUGUGGCCUGAUUGGACAGGGAGUCAGACCGCUCAACAUGCUGGCCACAUGUUGCCAAAACGGACUGGUGUCAGUCUGGACCGUACCCCAAGAUGCGUCUUCCUUCCCAGAGUCCACUGGCUCAGAGGGCUGGCGGGAAAACGAGCCCAAAAACAAGCGCAAGCAGCAGAGCUCCAGCGGGCCGGCGGGCGGGGCCGUGUGUGUGUUCCAGCUGAGAGGCCACAUCACCCCCGUGAGGACCGUGGCCUUCAGCCCUGACGGCCUGGCCCUGGUGUCUGGAGGGAUGGGCGGCCUCAUGAACAUCUGGUCCCUGAGGGACGGCUCGGUUCUCCAGACCGUAAUAGCCGGAUCAGGUGCCAUCCAGAACAUUGUCUGGAUCCCAGAUGUGGGGGUCGCUGUCUGUUCCAACAGGUCAAAGGAUGUUCUGGUGGUGAACUGCUCUACAGACUUCAUGUCCUCCAACCAUGUGCUGGCCACCUGCCGGUCAGCCUUGAAGAAACAGGGGGUUCUGGGAUUGAACAUGGCUCCGUGCAUGAGGGCCUUCCUGGAGCGGCUUCCUGUCAUGCUGCAGGAGCAAUAUGCAUACGAGAAGCCCCAUGUGGUGUGUGGGGAGCAGCUGGUUCACAGCCCCUACAUGCAGUGCCUGGCCUCCCUAGCUGUAGGCCUCCACCUGGACCAGCUCCUGUGCUCCCCUCCCGUACCCCCUCAUCUCCGCCUCUGCCCCCUGGAGCCGGGCGCCUCCACCUGGUCACCUAGCGAGUGGGCGUGGCUGGACUGUUUCUCCACCACGGUGAAGGCUGCCGAGGCCUUGGCGCGAGGCAACACCUUCCCAGAGGCUUUUGCGGUGCCCGACCUGGAGCCUGUGCCAAAGGAGGAGGUGGCCCUGGUCAUGGACAACAGUAAAUGGGGUUCUGGCAUGGAUGAACAGAUCAUGUCUUGGGCCACUUCUAGACCAGAGGACUGGCACUUGGGAGGGAGGUGUGACGUGUUCCUUUGGGGGGCUGGUAGACAUGGACAACUGGCAGAGGCUGGACGAAACCUCUUGGUGCCAACCAUCGCACCUUCCUUUUCACAGGCACAACAGGUGGUGUGUGGCCAGAAUUGUACCUUUGUCAUCCAGGCUAAUGGGACUGUGUUGGCCUGUGGGGAGGGCAGCUAUGGCCGACUGGGCCAGGGAAACUCUGACGACCUGCAUGUCAUCACCGUCAUCUCAGCUCUACAAGGCUUUGUGGUGACCCAGCUGGUGACGUCGUGUGGUAGUGACGGCCAUUCCAUGGCGUUGACUGAGAGCGGCGAGGUGUUCAGCUGGGGGGACGGGGACUACGGCAAGCUGGGACACGGCAACAGCGACCGCCAAAGACGGCCGCGACAGAUCGAGGCCCUGCAGGGAGAGGAGGUGGUGCAGAUGUCCUGUGGGUUUAAACACUCUGCCGUUGUGACUGCGGACGGGAAGCUGUUCUCCUUUGGUAAUGGCGACUAUGGCAGGCUGGGACUUGGAAAUACCUCCAACAAGAAACUACCUGAGAGAGUAACUGCUCUGGAGGGAUACCAGGUUGGGCAGGUCGCGUGUGGUUUGAAUCACACUCUGGCCGUCUCAGCCGAUGGUAUGAUAGUCUGGGCCUUCGGAGAUGGCGACUACGGAAAACUGGGACUGGGGAACUCUACCGCCAAGUCCUCACCUCAGAAGGUGGAUGUUCUCUGUGGCAUCGGAAUCAAGAAGGUCUCUUGUGGAACUCAGUUCUCGGUUGCUCUCGGCAGAGAUGGCAACGUCUACACAUUCGGACAAGACCGUCUGAUAGGUCUUCCGGAGGGCCGGGCCCGGAACCACAACCGGCCCCAGGUGGUGCCGGCCCUGUCGGGGGUGUUCAUUGAGGACGUGGCGGUGGGGGCUGAACACACGCUGGUCCUCUCCUCCACCGGGGAGGUCUACACCUGGGGCACCAACUCAGAGGGGCAGUUGGGUCUGGGCCACACCAAUCACGUCAGAGAGCCCACCCUGGUGACGUCACUGCAGGGCAAGAACGUUAACCAGAUCUCCGCUGGUCGCUGUCACUCAGCCGCUUGGACCGCCCCUUCGGCCCCACCCCGGGCUCCAGGUUCCUCCGUGCCCCUCCAGUUGGGUCUUCCUGUAGCGGUGCCACCCCAGUACAGCUCCCUGAGGGAGGUCAGCAUGGAGGUGGUCCGGGCCAGACUACGACUUCUCUACCACUUCUCUGACCUCAUGUAUUCAUCGUGGAGACUGUUGAACCUCAGUCCAAACAAUCAGAGCUGCAUGUCCCACUACAACGCAGGGACCUGGGGCAUCGUUCAGGGCCAGCUGAGGCCCCUGCUGGCCCCCAGAGUCUACACCCUCCCCAUGGUGAGGUCCAUAGGAAAGACCAUGGUCCAAGGAAAGAACUACGGGCCACAGAUCACUGUCAAGAGGAUCUCCACCAGGGGUCGUAAGUGUAAGCCCAUCUUCGUACAGAUAGCCCGGCAGGUUGUCAAGCUGAACGCGUCGGACCUGCGACUGCCGUCCAGGGCCUGGAAGGUCAAGCUGGUGGGGGAGGGAGCGGAUGACGCCGGGGGAGUCUUCGACGACACCAUCACUGAGAUGUGUCAGGAGUUGGAAACAGGAGUGGUGGAUCUCCUCAUCCCCUCCCCCAAUGCCAGUGCAGAGGUGGGCUACAACAGGGACCGCUUCCUGCUCAGUCCCUCGGCCUGUCUUGAGGAACACCUGCUCCAGUUCAAGUUCCUGGGCAUCCUGAUGGGGGUGGCCAUCCGGACCAAGAAGCCCCUGGACCUGCACCUCGCUCCGCUGGUCUGGAAGCAGCUGUGUUGCAUCCCUCUGACCCUGGAGGACCUGGAGGAGGUGGACUUGCUCUACGUCCAGACACUCAACAGUAUUCUUCACAUUGAAGACAGCGGCAUCACCGAGGACAACUUCCACGAGAUGAUUCCUCUGGACUCGUUUGUGGGUCAGAGUGCGGACGGCAAAAUGGUUCCUAUAAUCCCUGGGGGAAACAGCAUCCCUCUGAGCUUCUCCAACCGGAAGGAGUAUGUGGAGCGAGCCAUCGAAUACCGCCUGCAUGAAAUCGACAGACAGGUGGCGGCGGUGCGCGAGGGCAUGUCCUGGAUCAUUCCGGUGCCUCUGCUGUCCCUGCUGACGGCCAGGCAGCUGGAGCAGAUGGUCUGUGGCAUGCCUGAGAUCUGCGUGGAAGUGCUCAAGAAGGUGGUGCGGUAUCGUGAGGUGGAUGAGCAGCAUACUCAGGUCCAGUGGUUCUGGCAGACCCUGGAGGACUUCUCUAAUGAGGAGCGGGUUCUGUUCAUGCGCUUCGUUUCAGGCCGGUCCAGGCUGCCCGCAAACACAGCCGACAUCUCCCAGAGGUUCCAGAUUAUGAAGGUGGACAGGCCUCACGACAGCCUCCCCACCUCCCAGACCUGCUUCUUCCAGCUCCGCCUGCCUCCCUACUCCAGCCAGGCCGUGAUGGCGGAGAGACUCCGCUACGCCAUCAACAACUGUCGCUCCAUUGACAUGGAUAAUUACAUGCUGUCGCGGAACGUCGAUAACGCAGAGGGCUCGGACACGGACUACUGACCAGACGACCGACGCGGAUGAGACGCACAGUCACACAUGCACACUACCCGAGACCCAGCUCGACAGCUGGGCCUGGGUCGAAAUGUAGACGUCCCGUCUCUCCUGACAGACUGUCAAGCGGAUUCGCGGCAGACUGUCCGAUGGCGGGGGGGGGAGGGGGGGGGAUGCAUCUCAUCGUUCAUCACAUUAACCAAUGUACAGUAGGAACUCGCAGAGCAGCGGUACCAGGCUUUCGUUUACCACUGUUAACAUCCUAGUUCAUGUGCUCUCCUACUCACAGCGUACAGUGGAUUGGAAGACAAGAUGGAUUGGAAGUGUUGUUUUUUUAUUUUUCACUUUGUGGCACUUUUUUUUUUUUUAUGCAGUCAAAAACACGAGCAGUGCAUUAGGUAUUCUUGUUAAUGGUCUUUUUCAAUGCUUCAUAUUUUUCUUUUUUCUGCAUGGAGGAAUGUUUAUUUUUAGGGAAAUGUGUAUAGAUUAUUCAUUACCCCAAGUGAAGAAGAAAAUUGUACAUUGUGUAUAAUGCUUCAUUAGGAAAAUGUUUUACAUAAAUAUCCAUAUUUAUAUUGUUUUAAUUUUUAAACUGCCCAUGCCGAGUUUCCUAAAGCAGAAAAGACAAAAACAAUAAAUGCUUCAGAAUUUA